GGCACCGGGAGGAGCUGGAGCGGCCGCAGCUGCGUCUCGACCCGGAUGAGUCGCCCGAGCCACGCCGCGCAGGACCCGGGCCCGCGCCGGGCGAGCCCUGCAGACAGGCGCGUGUGUGCGCGCGCGUCCCUCCCCGUAGACGCGUCCUUGUAGUUAGUUUCGUCCCCGUGUGUGUGUGCGUGGCCCCCGCGCGGCGCUGCGCGGCAUGGUGCGCGGCGCGGUGCGCGCCCUGGCCGUGCUCUUCGACAGCCUGUCGGCGUUCUCCGGCGGGGACCCAGUGUCCGGGCGCGUGCUGCUGGAGGUGACCGGGGAUGUGCGCGUGCGGAGCCUGCUCAUGACCGCGAGAGGGGUCGCCAAGGUGCGUUGGACCGAGUCCCGGACCGCCGGUGCCACCACGGCUUACACCCAGAACCACGCGGACGAGCUGGAGUACUUGCACCAGCGCGACACGCUGAUCGGGGACGAGCGCGAGGACGGCGGUCCGGAGGACGGCGUCUCCGUGCUUCAGGCCGGCGUGCACGAGUUCGCCUUCAGCUUCAACCUGCCUCAGAUGGCCCUGGCCACGUCCUUCGAGGGUCGCCAUGGCAGCGUGCGCUACUGGCUGCAGGCCGAGCUGCGGCGGCCGUGGCUGCCGCCGCUCCGCGUAAAGAAGGAGUUCAUCGUGUUCGAGCACAUCGACAUCAACACGCCGCUGCUGCUGGCCCCUCAGGCCGGUUCCAAGGAGAAGACGCUGUGCUGCUGGUUCUGUGCUUCGGGUCCGAUCUCCCUCAGUGCCAAGAUCGAGCGAAAGGGCUACACCCCAGGCGAGUCCAUCCAAAUCUUCGCCGAGGUGGAGAACUGCUCUUCCCGGGUCGUGGUGCCCAAAGCCGCCCUUUACCAGACCCAGACCUUCUACGCCAAAGGCAAAGGCAAGCAGAUCCAGCAGCUGGUGUCCAGCCUGAGGGGAGAGCCUCUGCCGCAGGGCAAGAGCCAGAGCUGGGGGGGCAAGCUGCUCCAGAUCCCCCCGGUGUCGCCCUCCAUCCUGGACUGCCCCAUCAUCAGAGUGGAGUACGCCCUCGUGGUCUACGUGGACGUGCCCGGGGGCCUCAACCUGUCGCUGUCGCUGCCGCUGGUGAUCGGCACCAUCCCGCUGCACGCCUGCAGCGCGCUGAGCUGGCUGGGUCUGCCGGAGAGGCCGGAAGCGCCGCCCAGCUACAGCGACCUGGCCAUAUCGGAGGCUCGCAGGCGGGAGUGUCUGCUGGGCUGUGAUAGGUCGGAGGGGGAGGGGGAGGACCGGAGCCCCCUGCUGACCUACAUCACAGAGUUCAGAUAUCUGCCCCCCCCACUCUACUCCCAGGUGGACCCGUACCCCGGCCCCGUGGAGGUGUGCGCGGCGGAGCAGGUCAGGAGACCCGACACGUGUCUGUCCCGCUGAGGGCGUCACACCAGGCUCCGCCCCCUCAGCUCCAGCCAGUGUCUCACAGACUGUCAGUACCCGGCCGGACCCUCAGCUGACCCCCGGGCUGAGGGAGGGUUGGGGGACCACAGCCAUGGACCCCAUGGAGCCUUGUCCCUUAAAUCUCGUCUCAAUGCUCUGUGCAUUGUGUACGGUCACAUGACCUUCUGGCUGUCAUGAGGCACUUUUGAUAAAAUAAAAGGUUUAUUUUAUAAAUAAUGA